UUCACCGACAACAAUUAAAAAAUGUCGGAAUCGUGUCAAGACGGUAAUUGUCACGGAAAUAACGAAUAUGGACCCGACGAAUCACCCACCAAACUCAUCGUCAAUUACAUUCCUGAAGUCAUGACCCAGGACAUGAUGUACUCAUUGUUUUCGACAAUGGGUAAAUUGGAAAGUUGUAAACUGAUAGCAAAUCGAGGAUAUGGGUUCGUUGAAUACGCUUCUCCUGAGGAUGCAGUGAAGGCUAAGAAGGCUUUCAAUGGACUGCUCAUGCAGAAUAAAACUUUAAAAGUGUCCCACGCACUCCUCAAUCCAGAGUUAAAGCCGCCGUUGAAACCGGAAGCAGACUGGAACCUGUAUGUAUGUAACCUACCUAAUGAACUGACCUUGCAGGAUUUACAUGGACUUUUUGCACAAUUCGGUAAAAUAGCUAAUUCCCGAAUAGCUGCUGGUAUAGCAUUCGUUUUAUAUGAGAACCAGUUUGAAGCGGAGAGGGCCAUUCAAAAUACAAAUGGCACUACACCGCCUGGUUUUUUACACCCAUUAACUGUUAAGUAUGCUAAUAAGAGUAAUCCAAAUAAACAUAAAAACAAUAACAACAAUAAUUUUUCUAGAAAUCCAUUGGUAAAAUCUUAUCAUUGGAUCAAUCAUAUGGGUGCUAUGGGUGACCAUAAUUCUCCAAGUACAUGGUCUAUUUAUGUUUAUAAUAUUGCUCCUGAAGUAGAAGAGUUAACUUUAUGGCAGCUGUUUGGUCCUUAUGGUGCUAUUGUAUCUGUUAAGAUUAUCAAGGAUCAUCAAACUAAUAAGAGUAAAGGAUUUGGUUUUGUGACAAUGAGAAAUUAUGAUCAAGCGGCAAUGGCAAUACAAGCCUUGAAUGGCUAUUUGCUUCAUGGCCAGCCUCUCUCCGUUAGUUUCAAGACUCAGAAAAGAUAAUGCUGUGAAGAAAGACUUACACUUUACAAUAUCAGUACUGCAAUAAAUAGACGAAAAUAAUAGUAAUAAUAUCAUUUCAUAAUUGGCAUUGACAAAACAGAUAUUAAAUCGUAGUUCUAAUUUUAAACCCUUUGCAAACACACUGCUACUAUAAUAUUGUGUGAAGUAUGCAGAUAUUUGUUGAAAAUAUUUUAUUAAUUUGAGCUAUCAACAUUGUUAAGUUUGUUUCUUAUUAUGAAUAAUAAUUUAUUCAGUUUGCUCGUUAAAUCUUUCAAGUUUACUAGACAUUAAGAUUUGUAUUGAUGAUGAUGAUGAUUGUUGUACGAAAGUUCAAUAUCAGUUGUGAGCUAUGAUGCUUCAUUAUUUUUAUCUAUUAUUUAAGUAUAAUAAACAACUUUAAUGAAAGUGCUUUUACAAGAUCUUACUAAUUGAUAAGCCACAUUGAGAUGUUUAAUCAGCUACUAGUUUUAGUUGUACACUUUUUUAUAACAUGAUGUCUAUUUAGGUAGUGAAAACAAAAUCUAGAUUAUAUCAUAUUUAUACAUUUAGUAUAAAAUUUGCUGAAUUAAAGUUCAUUUUCACAAUUUUAUUAAGUGUUUUUGAUUUUAUACAAUCAAAUAAAAUUUACUCAUAUUAAUCUUUUAUUUGUGUUUAGUUUUCUAUACUAAUAUUCUUUUCUUGUAGUCACAAUUAUAUUAGUACAAUAGAUUAUUGAUUGAAAUGUGCAGUAAUUGUAAAAAAAUAUUAACCCUUUCAACAAAAAAUCUGAUAAAACACUAUUUAUAAGAUAAUGCAUAGUAUAAAAAUUUGUAAUGUGUAGAUUGUGAUACUUUACAAUAUUCAUUGAAGUGUUUAAUUUUGUCAUUGAUAAUACCCCAAGGAAAUUGUGUAGUUCUGAAAGAAAAAACCUUAUAAAGUCACUUUCCUCUAAAGUUAAAGAGAUAGCUCAUUCAAACUUUUUGUUUUAGAUACCAAUUUGUUUGCUUUAUUUUUUUUUAUACUCUUGAAUAAUAUAUAAAUUAGGGAGUAGAACCUAUAAUAUUUUGCCUUUCUA